ACUUGUAAAAAUUUGAAUAGAAUAAUUCCAAAAUUGUAAAGAAGUUUCUAAAAGUUUGGAUCCCAUACAACUUAGAAUUCGGCAACCCUAACAAAGCUACAUUGGUUUUGGCCCCAAAGCUUAAUAAAGACGCUAUUUAUUGUUUCCUUUCAUCUUCAAGAACCCAACCCAAAACUCUGAAAUAUAAUAAUCUGCAAUAUAAUUCUGCUCCGAUCACUUGCUUUUCUCUGUUUUCUUGCAAUGGAGCUGAUUCCCGGUCUUCCCAACGUCUUAGCUUUUGAAUGUCUUAUUCGGAUUUCGUUUGAUCAGUUUCCCAAGGCUUCAUCUGUAUGUAGAGCAUGGAAAGCUGUGAUUAAGCAGCCGGAGUUCCUCCGGCGCCGGAAAGCUUCUGGUCUAACCCGACCUGUCAUUGCCAUCUGUCAGUCAAGGUUUAGUUUAAGCAGAUUGGAUACAGUGGGUUUCCGGCUCACGCUAUUCGACCCGGUGAAAAGGCGUUGGCAUGAUUUUCCGCCGAUACCGGAGGUGGUGGAAAGGAUGCCGGUGUUAUGUAGCGUGGUCGGUAUUGGGGCGGAGCUGGCGGUGAUAGGGGGGUGCGAUCCGGUGACACGGCGGUAUCUGAAUUCAGUUUUCAUCUACAACUUCUUCUCCGCCACGUGGAGGCGCGGCGCCGAUAUGCCAGGCGAGGACCGCCUGUUCUUCGGAUGUGCGGCGUCGGAGGAUGGCGGGACAGUGGUGGUCGCCGGCGGACGGAGCUCGACCACUACCUUAGCGCUGAAAUCAACGUUGGCGUACGACGUGGCAAGGGACACGUGGACGACGUUGUCGGACAUGUCAAUCGGGCGAUACGUGUGCACGUGCGUGUUCCAAUGUGGGUAAUAUACAAAAUCAGGAAAAGAUGUGACGUGGUUGCAUUAGAGGACGACACAUGGGUGUUCGUCACGCGCGUCCCCGACUCUACAUCCGACGUGACAUAUGUGACAGGGUGGCAGGGGAAUAUGAUGGUGAUAAAUACAAAAGGUGGUGAAAUUCAUAGUGCUUAUGUGCUAGAAUUGAAGAGUAAAAAAUGGACGAAAGUAAAAAUCCCACGUAAGUAUCGCGGUUAUGUUCAUUUUGGUUAUUAUUGUCAUAUACACAUCUAAAAGGAACAAUUUUAUUUUGUCCUUAAAUUAGC